AUGUCACAAACCACCAGACCAAAUGAGGAAGUCAACAUUGAUGUUGAACAACGAUACAAUCAAACCACACCUCAUGGUGAGAUGUUGCUGGAUUGUGCUAAUCAGAUCCAACGCACACUUGCUGUUAUAGGAAAAACUCUUGAGGUGUAUGAAAAAUCGGCACAAGAACAAGAACAUCAUGGGUGCAAGAUUGAUCAUCUUUACACUGGUCUAAACCUUACAGGGGAAAAGACUCACUUGCUUGAGCACAAAGUUGAAGCGUUGGAAGCAAAGAUACACAAUUUGAUCCUUGAAUUGUGUGUUGCCAAGGCCAUGAUUACAGGACACCACAGUGUUUUUAAAAAGAUUACGGAAGCAUUUGAGGAUGUAGAUAAGAUUAUUGAGGCACAAUACGAGAAUAGUCAUGACCCAAAGGUUGAUUAUAAUACGAAAACCAAUAAUCAAGCUUCUUGUAGCAAUCAAUAA